CUCCCUCGCACAGCCUGCUUCUUCUCCCUGCCUGCUCCUCUCAACCCUCCCAUUCUCCAUUUCCCUCCCUGGCAGGGUGUAAUUGAGAUCAGGUUCCCCGCCUUCCCGUCCAAAAAUCCCGCCAAGGAAGCCCCAGAGCAUAAGAAAAUCCAAAGUAGAGAGAGGGGAAGAAAGAAAGCACCGAGUCAUCCAUCCAGAAGGGGGGAGAGCGCAGCCGCCCAGGCAGAAGCAGCAUCCAGCAGUACCUGGAGUCCGCUGCAGAAACCUCGCCCGCACGGUGCAACAAAGGCAGCCUGCUACUCAGCGAGGACCUCUGCAAGCCAAAAAAUGUCAUCCCAACAGUACCAGCAGCAACGUCGAAAAUUUGCAGCUGCCUUCUUGGCAUUCAUUUUCAUCUUGGCAGCCGUGGACAUUGCUGAGGCUGGGAAGAAAGAGAAGCCGGAAAAAAAGGUGAAAAAAUCUGACUGUGGAGAAUGGCAGUGGAGUGUGUGCGUGCCCACCAGUGGCGACUGUGGACUGGGCACCCGGGAGGGCACACGUACUGGCGCCGAAUGCAAGCAAACCAUAAAGACCCAGAGAUGUAAGAUCCCUUGCAAUUGGAAGAAGCAGUUUGGAGCUGAAUGCAAAUACCAGUUCCAGGCUUGGGGAGAAUGUGACCUGAAUACUGCCUUGAAGACCAGGACUGGAAGUCUGAAGCGAGCUCUUCACAAUGCUGACUGCCAGAAGACAGUCACCAUCUCCAAGCCCUGUGGCAAACUCACCAAGCCCAAGCCUCAAGCAGAAUCAAAGAAGAAGAAAAAGGAAGGCAAGAAGCAGGAGAAGAUGCUGGAUUAAAAGAUGCCACCUUCCGUGGAUCAGGAAAAGAACAUCAGCAAACAGGAUAGUUAACUAUUACAUUUAUACCUGCUGUAGGCUUUUUAUUCAACCAUUAUCUGUAGCUUAAGUAUGUGACAGGAAAAAAAAAACAGAGAAAAGAAAUUUUUUUGUAGUAGCGUUUUUUUUUUUUUAAAUGUAUACCAUAGACCCAAUAGGGGCUUAUAAUAAAGGACUGUAAUACUUUUUAGGAAGUUGAGCUGUAGUAUGUGAUAGGUGGUAGGCAAUUGAGGUAAGUUUUUUUGAAGUUAUGUGAUGUUUCACAUUUAAAUCAUUUUUUCUUUAAUUUUUUUUGCAUUUUCCCCCCUUGGGCAGCAAUUUAAAUGUUACAACAAUGUAAACUACUUCUCUUGCUAGAUAGAUUUUCACCUAGACCUUUUUUUCCCAAUUGAGAAAAACAUAUACUAAACAAAGCAGCAAUAAAAUAUAAUCAUUCUAUUGGAGAGAAAUACAUUGUUUUCUGCUGGUGGAUGUUUUCUUUAAAAAUUAGCAAAUCAAGAGAAGGAGAAAGGCAAAACAAUGAUGUAGUGCAAUGUUGAUUUUUGUUUUAUAAGAAAAGCAUUAAAAUAUGACACUCUUUCACUUUGGCAGAAACUUUGGUUUCUUGAUGAAAUCAUUUUUCCACCUGAGGGAAAAAAAUCUAGGGAAAUAAAUCAAAUUGAUGCUGAAUAAAAGGUGCUUUGUGUGCAGUAA